AUGGCUCCCUCACUCCUACAGGCAUCAGCCGCAACCUUUGUGUUGCUUUCCAUUGGUCACACGAUCAAGGGCAAACAAUGGACAGCCGACCCAAGAUUCAAAGCAAUCGCAGGAACCAAUUCAUGGACUUGUGGGACUCUAGGAUGGUACCAGGGAAGUGGUUUCUUCCUAUUGACGGGUCUUCUUCACUGGCAAUGGGCGCGUGACCCCAGUCUCCUCCAGGACCCAUUGAACAAAGCCAUGGCUGGAAUUGCAAAUAUCUUGCUCUGGGCUAGCUCUGUCUGGUAUGCUAAGCAUGGUAUCAAGGAUACUGCCGUUGUUCUUGGAAUAUCUGCUGCGUUGCAGGCUUUCGGUGUGGGUAAGGCUUGUCUGUGA